AUGAGCAAUAUACAUUUUAAUGCACAAAAGAAAAGGAGGGAAACAAAGCAGGGUCAAGUAGAAAUAAUUGAAACACUGAACAAUCCUGCUGAAGUAAUUUCUCGCCAAAAGAAAACUGAGGUGAUGGAAAAAUACUUCAGGACACUGUACACAUGUGCAAAGAAAAAUAAUCCACCUAGUGAUGGUUUAGAUUCUUUGCUGUAUCUACAGGAAGAGAAUGGAGUGCAUCUUGAUGAAAUACAAAUAACUGAUGAAGAAAGAAGGAAAUCAGAGAGACAUCCUGGUGAAAAGGUAAAAUCCUACAGAUACUGCCAACCUGAGGAGGUUGGUGAAUCAUUAAAAUGCCUAGCUCGCCCAUUAACAUCAGAUACAUGUAUGGUAGAAUGCACCCGUGACAGUGUUGGCAUUGGUUUGGUUGCCUGAAAAAUUACUCACCUCAUUGGUUUUUUAAGAAAUGGUAAGAGUGGAGAAUGGUACUGCUUCCGUUUUGCCCAUGCAUUGAAACAUUUUGUGGAAACAACUCUUGAGGUGUCAAUGACCAAAGUCGUAGCAAUGGUUUUGACAGGUGCAACACUAAUGUAGGAGAAGCUAAUGGUGUCAAGUCAUGGCUGAAAAAGUGGAACCUGUAUAGCAUGUUUUAUUUAUGUUUGGCUCAUCGACUGAAUCUAACAGUCAAAGAUCCUGCAGAUAAAGUAGAUGAAGUUGCCAAAUUUACGGAGCUAGACAACUUUGGUGAAAUGACAAAUGAUAGUGUGGCUGCUGGCUUAGUUGAAGGAUUAUUGUCCAAAAAGAACAUUGUUUGA